CUCGGGAUGUAGCAUCCCGGCAUUGUAGGGAUCAACAAACAUGAAAAAGUGUUUAAAACAUUAAUGUUGAUCGCUCACACUCUGCCGCUUCAGAGUAAGGUAACAGUCGUACAGGCCAUUUAUCAUGAGGAAAUCAAUGUCAAAACUGCAUUUAUGAAAAUCACUGCCCUCAACACAUUGUGUUUCAUUAUUCAAAUGACUGUAGUUGCUGAAGCAGACACGCUGACAACCACGGCCCCAGACGUGUCUACCGCUCAGCACCAGGUCACUACCGUGCGUCCAGCGAACGUGUCAACAGAAGUAGACACCGUCCCGGAACCGUCAAGUGAACCAGAAUCAGACGUGCAUGUGAUACCGGAAACGGAAACAUAUCAAAACAAAACGUCAUCGAUAAUACCACAUGAAAAUGAAACAGAACCGACGAAUUCUCUGACAACUAUUACGUCAAAUUCUGAAUCAAUUACCUCGUCAUCCGAACAAUCAAGUUCACAGUCUGAGCCGGAUUCAGUUACUUCAGAACCAGAAAGUUUAGUAACAAAUACUCAGGUCGGUGAACAAUCUGUAAAUAAUAAUGAGGACGAGAAAGAGAGCAGUGAACCAGAAAAAAUAAUAGAUCCGUUUCCUGGAACAUCAGAACCAGUGCCUGGAACAUCAGAACCCGAAACUGUAACAUCAGAACCGGAAAGUGUAAGUUCAGAAACUGUAACGUCAGAACCGGAAAGUGUAAGUUCAGAACCCGAAACUGUAACUUCAGAACCAGAAAGUGUAACUUCAGAACCAGAAAGUGAAAGUUCAGAACCCGAAACUGUAACAUCAGAACCCGAAACUGUAACUUCAGAACCAGAAAGUGAAAGUUCAGAACCCGAAACUGUAACAUCAGAGCCGGAAAAUCUAAGUUCAGAACCCGAAACUUUAACUUCAGAACCCGAAAGUGCAAGCUCAGAACCCGAAACUGUGACAUCAGAACCCGAAAGUGUAAGCUCAGAACCCGAAACUGUGACAUCAGAACCCGAAAGUGCAAGCUCAGAACCCGAAACUGUAACAUCAGAACCGGAAAGUGCAAGCUCAGAACCCGAAACUGUAACAUCAGAACCGGAGAGUGCAAGCUCAGAACCCGAAACUGUAACGUCAGAACCGGAAAGUGUAAGCUCAGAACCCCAAAAUGUGACAUCAGAACCGGAGAGUGCAAGCUCAGAACCCGAAACUGUAACUUCAGAACCGGAAAGUGUAAGUUCAGAACCCGAAACUAUAACUUCAGAACCGGAAAGUGUAAGCUCAGAACCCGAAAUUGUAACAUCCGAACCGGAAAGUGUAAGUUCAGAAACCGAAACUGUAACUUCAGAACCAGAAAAUGAAAGUUCAGAACCCGAAACUGUGACAUCAGAGCCGGAAAAUGUAAGUUCAGAACCCGAAACUUUAACUUCAGAACCCGAAAGUGUAAGCUCAGAACCCGAAACUGUAACGUCAGAACCGGAAAGUGCAAGCUCAGAACCCCAAAAUGAGACAUCAGAACCGGAAAGUGCAAGCUCAGAACCCGAAACUGUAGCAUCAGAACCGGAGAGUGUAAAUUUGGAACCCGAAACUGUGACAUCAGAACCCGAAAGUGCAAGCUCAGAACCCCAAAAUGUGACAUCAGAACCGGAGAGUGCAAGCUCAGAACCCGAAACUGUAGCAUCAGAACCGGAAAGUGUAAGUUCAGAACCCGAAACUCUAACUUCAGAACCGGAAAGUGCAAGCUCAGAACCCGAAACUGUAGCAUCAGAACCGGAAAGUGUAAGCUCAGAACCCGAAAUUGUAACAUCCGAACCGGACAGUGUAAGUGCAGAACCUGAAACUGUAACAUCAGAACCGGAAAGUGUAAGCUCAGAACCCGAAACUGUAACAUCAGAACCCGAAACUGUAACUUCAGAACCAGAAAGUGAAAGUUCAGAACCCGAAACUGUGACUUCAGAACCAGAAAAUGAAAGUUCAGCACCCGAAACUGUGACAUCAGAGCCGGAAAAUGUAAGUUCAGAACCCGAAACUGUAACUUCAGAACCCGAAAGUGUAAGUUCAGAACCAGAGCCUGUAACAUCAGAACCGGAAACUGUCACUUCAGAACCGGAAAAUGUAAGUUCAGAACCUGAAAUUUUAACAUCAGAACCGGAAAAUGAAAGUUUAGAACCCGAAACUGUAACAUCAGAACCAGAACCUGCAACAUCAGAACCGGAAAGUGCAAGCUCAGAACCCGAAACUGUGACAUCAGAACCGGAAAUUGUAAGUUCAGAACCCGAAACUCUUACAUCAGAACCAGAAAGUGUUACUUCAGAACCGGAACCCGUAACGUCGGAACCUGUGAUACCGGAUUCUGAACCAGGUAGACCGCCGGAAACACCAGAAACCGAUACUGAAGGAAGAGAAAUCAAAACAACGGAUGAACCUGAGCCUGAACCGCCGGGUCUGUCAGAUGAAUCUCCUACGUCAGAACCUCGGCCGGAAACAGAUGGUGAAGACGGAGAAAUAACGCCGUCUUCUGAACCGGAGACUGAUCCCGAGGUCGCUAUUGUUCCACAACCGGAAGUCAUUAUAAGUGAACCAGAAAAUGGAUCGGACACAUCCUCUGAACCAAUGAGUGGUGCGGAGCCUCUGGCGGAACCUGAAAGUUGGCCCGAACCAGGUCCCGACUGGAGCACAGCGUAUUCUGUUUGGGGACCAGCAUGGCCCAGUCACGUCUUUAUAUUUGGGUUGUUAUUUUUGAUUCUCUCAACAACGACGAUUGCAUUCCUUGUGAUACUUUUCUAUGAAACUAAGGGAGCAUUGCGUGGAAAACUAACAGUUUCCCUUUUGUGUAUGACGCUGUUUUUCACAUUCUCACGGGCAGUAUCUUUGCUGUCCUGACCCCUACUCUACAGCCGGAACCAUACCCUGGAUCGCCUCACGACUUAUAUGGUCUUUUGCAUAUCCGGCCAUUACUUCUGCUUUCAGUCUUAUCCUUCUUGUACUGCUAGACACCACACGA